CCGCCGUUCUUCGUUCCCAGGGUUCCGUGAGAGCCGUUUGCCCCACCCCACCUCUUCAGCGCUAUCUAUCUCAAUGUACAAUUGUCAGAGAAAAAACGGGGGCAAAAAUAAUUCAGAGUAAAACAGCAAAAAUAAUAUAUUUCCCUCAUUUUCUCUCCGGAGCGGCGGAGCGAAGCGGAGCGGACGCGGCCUCACUGGCGGUUAAGAUGAGCGUGUGUCGCCGCUGGAUCAGUGAUUGAAAACACCGCGGUAUGUUCAUGUAUCAUGCACAUGUAAUCUACCACAAUCUACCACACGGAUUCUGAGGGAAUACAAAAAAAGGAGAGAGCGGAGAGACUUGACAGCGAGCUGUACCUGCGCCAGACCGGACUAAAUAACGGAGGAUUUCCGCGAAUAUCACCUGGAUAUUGCGUUUGAUUCAAGGACAUCCAGCUGCCAAACGCCGCCUGCCUUUGCUCGUCCGGAGAAGCUUCCCGAUGUGAGGAGAAAUACAAAUUAACGUUAACGGGAAGAAAAGGGGGUGAGACCAAGAAGGGGCCUCUCUCGUUUUUUUAGGUCUGGUCAAACCCUGUGAAAAGCCGAGCACUAAUAUCUGUGGACGAGGGGAGAGGAAAUCAUUUUUGACAUCGGCUAAAAACAGGAUAUAAUUGAUAAGGUUGCAAAGCAGCCCACCCCCACCCACCCUUUUAGAAAAGGUGUAUAAUGUGACGGAUUUGCGAUAGAGACAUAAGCCCUGAUGUAGCCUGAUGAUUCACAUGUCGUCAUUUUAAGAGAGAGAGAGAGAGAGAGAAAAUAUUUAUUUGUAUUUUUCCUCACUCGCCCUUUUUGAUGUGCUCUGCUUAGGUGGAGAUCUGGUUACAAACAGCCUCUCAAAUAAUAUUAAUCUAAUAUAUAUCUAUAGAUUUAUAUAUAAAGUGGGGGAAAACGGUGGAGGAAAAUUAGGGCUUUGGUUUGUGAGUGGAAAUGAAUUGAAUGGCAGUGUGAGAUAAUCUGCCAAAGAUGGGCUCAGGAAGAGGAAAUUAAAACACUCGAGCGUAUAUACUAUAUGAGAUGAACAAAAUAGCUUUUGUGUUGAAUUAAAAGGAAACAUUGAAGGGAAACAGGAGCACCGACGUUCAUCCAUGUGCACUGGCAGGCUGGAAAUCUCACAUCCACUCUCAUAUCAGUGUUGAUGACUUCAUUGCGGAUUUACAGUGAAAAACACGGGAGUCCAGCGUCUGAGAGGGUGGCAUCGUUGCUCUGCUCCUCUCCCACUCAUCUCUUGUUGAUUAAUUGCCAGUAAAUAGCCACAUCCACGCGUUACAUACUGUGCCAAAGCCUGGUGGGGCCCCGUCGUCUACCAGCAGCUGACAGGAUUACAGCUGCUUCAUCUGCAUCUGGCAACAUAAAUGUCACCCAUUUUGAGUCAGGUGCUGCUCCUCUGCUGGGCCAGUCGAGGAAUUUAGGAUCCAUUGAUAAUUUUUUUUUUUUCUUCUGAUCAUCAACACCGUCCCCUCCUUCCUUCUGUCCUCCCUCCCUCCUCCCCCUCCCUCCACCCACCUGCACACACACACCAACCAACCAACCGACCAACCAUCCUGCCUACCCCUGAACCUGCCACUGGGUUUUUGGGAAGAUGGGCUGUCUUGGCAAUAGUAAGACUGAAGACCAACGAAAUGAGGAGAAGGCACAGAGGGAAGCCAACAAAAAAAUAGAGAAGCAGCUCCAAAAAGACAAACAGAUAUACCGUGCCACUCACCGGCUACUGCUGUUAGGGGCCGGUGAAUCCGGGAAAAGCACGAUAGUCAAGCAGAUGCGAAUACUGCAUGUAAAUGGCUUCAACGCAGAGGAGAAAAAACAGAAAAUCCGUGAUAUUAAAAACAACAUUAAAGAAGCUAUAGAGACGAUUGUGACCGCCAUGAGUAUGCUCACACCGCCAUGUCAGUUAGCCUGUCCUGCAAACAAAUCCAGAAUUGAGUACGUCCUCAACCAAGUCAACCUGAAGGAUUUUGAGUUUCCCUCGAGUCCUUCUGUCUCUUUCCAGGAGUUUUAUGACCAUACAAAGAGCCUCUGGCAGGACGAUGGUGUGCAGGCCUGCUGGGAAAGGUCCAAUGAAUAUCAGCUCAUCGACUGUGCACAGUACUUCUUAGACCGGAUAGAUGUGGUCAGGCAGAAUGACUACACACCCACCGACCAGGACCUGUUGAGAUGCAGAGUACUGACAUCUGGGAUCUUCGAGACAAGAUUUCAAAUAGACAAAGUCAAUUUCCAUAUGUUCGAUGUUGGAGGUCAGAGGGAUGAGCGUAGGAAAUGGAUCCAGUGUUUUAAUGAUGUGACAGCCAUCAUCUUUGUGGUGGCGAGUAGCAGCUACAACAUGGUGAUCAGAGAAGACAAUCAGACCAACAGACUACAGGAAGCCCUCAACCUUUUCAAGAACAUCUGGAACAACAGGUGGCUACGGACCAUCUCUGUAAUCCUCUUCCUGAACAAACAGGACCUGCUCGCUGAGAAGGUUUUGGCAGGGAAAUCGAAAAUUGAAGAUUAUUUCCCUGAGUUUGCACGCUACACUACACCUGAUGACGCAAUACCAGAGCCAGGCGAGGAUCCCCGCGUUACGAGGGCCAAGUACUUUAUCCGGGAUGAGUUUCUGAGGAUCAGCACAGCCAGCGGGGACGGGCGGCAUUACUGUUACCCCCACUUCACGUGCGCGGUCGACACAGAAAACAUCCGCCGCGUCUUCAAUGACUGUCGCGACAUCAUACAGAGGAUGCACCUACGGCAGUACGAGCUCUUGUGAUGGGGAGUAGCAUCCAGGCGACUUAUUUACCCACCGACUGACCUACCCACCCCCCCACCCCCACCACCAGUUAGCCAAUCACCCCCUUACACUUCCACCAAUUUCACCAAACUGAGGGAACAAGCCAGCGGCUGAGCACCUGCCCUCCGCUCCUCUCCGCCCUGAUACAACUUCUUCCGAUAACACAGUUUCAGAAAAAGAGAACAGUGGAAAGAUGUUUCUUUUCUUUUUUUUUUUUUAAUAAAAGGAAAAACAGUUAAGGAUGCACCAACAAAAGUUUCAUCAGUGAUUAGCCAGGACUCAUCGCUGUUCUGACCCAGGAAGGAGGGUCGAGACUGGAAUCCCUUUGUGUGGACUUUUGCUCCUUUUAGGUCUCGUUCUCUCUCAGAUAUAUGAACACACACUCGCUGGUACACACACAGACUACAGCGUAAGACAGUCAACAACCCCAUAAGUAGGAUUUAAUAUCUCGCAUCCCAUGCACACACACACACACACACACAGAGAGACCCAUUUUAAACCAGGUCCUCCUGCUUUUAACAGUACGCAGAGGCUGGAUUAACUAAUGCAUCCGUAAAGAGAGAGAGGUAGUUUAUUCACCGUGUGCUGAAGGAGAGGAGAAGAAGAAAAAGAUGGACGUGGACAGGCAGCAGCGAAGGGUUGUUAGCCCUUUUUAUUUAUUUUUUUCUUCUUCCUCUCGUGUCCGAGGAUGGAGAAACCAGUAAAAGCAGAAAACAAUUUAAAAACUGAAAAAAAGAAAGUGAAAAAACGCACACACACCACACAAUGCAUAAAUUCAUGCAUACCAGUGAACUUCAUGCCGUGCAAAAAAUACAAGCUAUAUAUAUAGAUAUUUAUAUAUGAGUGUGUGUGUGUAUAUAUAUAUACAUAUAUAUGUAUAUAUGCAUAUAUAUGUAAAUAUGCAUAUAUAUGUAUAUAUGCAUAUAUAUGUAAAUAUGCAUAUAUAUAAUAUUCCUGUAAUAACACAAUUCAACUUUUUUGUUAAUUUUAACCCCAUGUUGUGUGUUGGUGUAUACUGUGUGUGUGUGUGAGAGAGAUCUGCCUUUGUGCACCAUUUAACCCCCACUCCCCUGCACACAUACACACACACACACACACAGACAUCCUGCUCCCCUCAGCUCUCCUCCCACACCCUCCUGCUGCCAUAUGACAAAUACUCAACAUACGGCAAGUGAGAAGAGACGAGAGCUUUUAUUUAAUAAGGAGAGAAAAAAAGGACAAAAGGAAAAAGCAUGAUGUAAAGGUUAAAGACAGGACUGGAUGCAACAUUUUCACCUGGGAACACCCACCCCACCCCCCCCCCCACACACACACACACACACGUGCUCCAGCCCUCACCAGCCUCUCCCCCCUCCCCUCCCCUCCCCUCAGCUGUUGUCUUGUUCUCUCACCUCUCCCAGUCCCACGUCCUCCACCUGUCCCCCGGCUUUAAGUACGUCUGUCUUUACUUUACUGCUGGACUAUUAUUCUUGUACAGACUGUAAAAUGUAUUAUUUUGUACAACUUUAUUGAAGAAAAAAAAAUAACUUGUAGAAGAUCCCUGUGCCUUGAUCACGACUGUACAUGUAAAAAUGAGCUAAUAUGUAAGUUAUGUUUUCACUGCGCUGUACAGCUGGACAGGUCUGUCCCACCUCGUCCGUGCUAGCUCACCCCUCCGCUAGGACCUGUGGGGAGGGGCUUCGGAUCUGGGCGGAGGCCUUUUGUCUGUCGCUUUAGUUUCCUCUUUUUUUUUCUCCCCCCCCCCACAUUUGUUUUGUUUGUUUGUUGAUUCAUUUGUUUUGCUUUUGCUCUCCUUUGGUUUCUAUAAUAGGAUUUGAAGAAAAGAAAAAAAAAUGAAGAAAAAAAAAAGAUAAUCAGACACACCACCUUAAUGCUGCGUAGUGAACGAUACUGAACCAUAACACAAUUUAAUAUAUAUAAAAUAUAUUUCAGAUUUUAUAUUUUAUAUAUAUGUACUGUACACUUAUAUCUAUCUCCCUUGUGAGCUGUCCCACAGCUGUCCUUUGCUUUCUUGUCAGUAACAUCUGCAUAGAAGGUGGCCAUUCUGGGUGCAGUGGGAUGAUUGUUGGUUUGAUUGAUUUCUUCUUCUUUUCUUUUCUUUUUUAAUUUUAGCUUGAACUCUUUUAAAGGAGAAGGAAAUAUCCAAUUGCAAAACAUUGCUUGUUUCUACAUAAACCAAAUUCUUUUUGCUUAAACAAGAAAAAAAAAAACCUGUUGUUUUAGUGUUUGGUUCAUUCCUCGUCUCAUUCCUCUGUAUCUGCUUCACCUGAGGUCCACAUUACACGCUUAUAACAAACACCUCAGCUUGUACAACAGUCCUGCAAUAAAUGCAACGUUCAUUCA